AUAGUCAUGAUUUAUCUGAUGACAGGAUGGACAAACCAUCUAUAUCUGAGAUAACGGCAAACCUGGCCCUUGAGAUCGACCAUCGAGCUGUCAGCAGAUUAAACAUCUGUCGCUCAGACAUCUGGAAUGGAGCAGUCAGAGGAUUUAAAAGGGCAACAUUUUCAGAGAAAAAAGACAUCUUAGUGAAAUUCUCUGACAAUGAAGGGACUCUUGAGGAAGGUAUCGAUACUGGUGGUCCCAAGAGAGAAUUCCUCUCCCUUCUGAUGAAGGAGCUGAAGAAACGGCCCAUAUUUGAUGGACCCAUGGAGAGCCGCUAUCUGGUCUACAACUCAACAGCUAUCCUAGAGGAUGAAUACUAUUUAGCAGGCAAGAUGAUUGCUGUGUCCAUUGUACACGGCGGACCGGGUCCAAAUUUCCUCUCAAAGAACCUUAUCAGUUACAUCUCAGGGCAGGACAGUUUCAAGGCAUCUGUAGGAGAGAUAACAGAUGAGGAGAUAGGGAAAGUCCUAAAAGAGGUAUGAGGAUACUUGAUAGAAGAGUGUGAAAUUCUAAAUAUGAGUAAGGAGCGUUAUGUCAACUUACACCAUUCUUUCAAAUGAUCCAUAUGG